AUGCAGCGGCAGAUGGCGGCGACGGUGGAGGAGCAGAUGAUGGUGAAGGCCAUCAGGGAGGAGUCGCCGUGGGAGGCCCUCCCCAAGCGCAUCCAGGCCGUACUCGUCUCCAAGGAGGAAUGGCACCGCAGGAUUGUUGAUUAUUGCAUACGUAAGCGGUUGCCAUGGGGCUCCUGUUUUGCCCGAAAAGUAUGCAAAGAAGGGGAGUAUUAUGAGGAUAUGAUGCGCUAUCUCCGCAAAAAUCUUGCAUUAUAUCCAUACCAUCUUGCAGACUUUAUGUGCCGAGUAAUGAGGAUAUCCCCCUUCAGAUAUUACUGUGAUAUCCUUUUUGAAGCUAUGAAAAAUGAGCAACCAUAUGAUAGUAUUCCAAACUUCAGUGCUGCAGAUGCUUUGAGGAUUACUGGUGUAGGAAGAAAUGAAUUUAUCGAUAUCAUGAAUAAGUGCAGAUCAAAGAAGAUAAUGUGGAAGCUGAACAAAUCUAUUGCGAAAGAGUUGCUACCUGCAGAGCCUGCAGAUUUGGCGAUAGAAGCAUGGUGGGGAGUUCGAUUUGUCAACUUUACAUUGGAAGAAUUUAAGAGGCUUUCAGAAGAUGAGACAUCUGCAAUAGACAAAAUAUGUAAGGAGGAAGUCAAUUCAUAUGUUCUAUUUGAUCCUGAGGUUAUACGAGGUCUUUAUAGGAGAGGGAUGGUAUACUUCGAUGUCCCUGUUUAUCCUGAUGAUCGUUUUAGAGGUAUGCUGCCUGAGAAAGUUAUGUCAUUGUUUAAUUCUACAGGAUUUCAUUGUUGGUUUGGACCCAUUUUUAAAAUCAUUGCCACAUGAGCCCAUAUUCAUCCACACAUUUCUACCAUUACUUCAGUUUCAAGGCUUGAAGGUUUUGUUUCAAACAAGGAUCAGUCCUACGAAGAUCCAAUUGAAGAGCUACUAUAUGCUGUAUUCGUUGUAUCAAGUGAAAAUGCCACAGUUGCUGAAUUGGCUACAACUUUACAGGCCGACCUUUAUCAGCUCCAAGCAGCUGCAUCAUUUGCUUGUCGAUUGGGUUGGGCUGUAAAACUUUUGGAUACCGACUCGGUUCUUAGAGAUUCAAGUACUUCUGUAUUGUCCAGUAAUAUCCUUAGUGAAGAUGAUGAAGGUUCACGCACAAGUAUCGCCUCAGAAAAGUCUGGUCACGAGUUGCUUAGCAGCGAUUCUGAUGGACACAAGAAAAACUCUGGGACGGCUUUUGUUGGCUUCAUUGUGGAUGCUAACGUAACUUCGUACUUGAUGAUGGGUUCACUCUCUCCAGGUUUAAAGUCACAUGCUGUAACACUAUAUGAGGCAGGAAAGCUUGGUGCUUCCUGCAUUGCUGAGUUAUGCAACGAUCUAGCUAGUUUAGAGGGGAAACGAUUUGAAGGUGUGCUACAAGAAUUUGCAAAUCAUGCAUUUAGCCUUCGAUGCUUCCUCGAGUGUUUGCUGUCUGGUGGAAAUUCACCAAAUGAAACAAGUGAUAAGACUAGUGAAGUAAAUAAUCAGGAGUGCUGCAUGCAGGAUGAUUUAGAUACCCGUUCUACCAUGGAAAACAAAGAAAAUGAUAUUGUUGAUAAUGUGGUUGAUAAAAAUGAAAGCUCAAUUCAAAUUUCAGAAUCUUCUAAUGGUUGCCAACAUGAUGAAUUAUUGCAACAGGAUCAACAGAUGGGUGAUUCUGAUGCUGCAGAUAGGAAUGCAUCAUCACCUUCAACUAUUGUAUCUGAAAGCAAGGAAAGCAUACUCAAGAACGAUUUUGACAACAUCCAUACCUCAAAGUUGGUUGGUUCAACAGGCAACAGCCCAUCCUCAAAGAGUAAAAGAAGCUACCAAGUCAAUAUUCUUCGAUGUGAAAGCUUAGCUUCCCUGGCCCCAUCGACACUGGAACGUCUACUUGCCAGGGACUACGACAUGAUAGUGUCUAUGAUUCCUCUUCCAUCUUCGUCAGUUCUACCCUGCCCAUCUGGUCUGGUACAUUUUGGUCCACCUUCGUACUCUUCAAUGACACCUUGGAUGAAAUUAGCAUUGUAUACGUCAGGGAGUUCUGGUCCAAUAUCUGUCGUUUUAAUGAAGGGGCAACGUUUGAGGUUGUUACCUGAACCAUUAGCCAGCUGCGAGAAGGCACUCAUAUGGUCUUGGGAUCAAUCUAUGGUGGGUGGACUAGGAGGACAGUUUGAAGGGAACUUGGUGAAAGGAAGUCUUUUAUUGCAUUACUUGAAUUCAAUGACAAAAUAUUCUGCUGUGAUAGUGCAGCCACUGAGCAUAGAUGAUCUUGAUGAAACAGGAAACAUUAUUACCAUCGAUGUGCCAUUGCCGCUAAAAAAUGCUGAUGGGUCAAUUCCAUCUACAAUAGUAGGCACUGACUUGCCAAAAGAACAAGUCUCAAGUUUGAUUUUAUUAUUGGAAGACCUGUCCAACAAAGUUGAGUUGAGCACUGUUGGUUACCUUCGUUUAGUAAGGCUACACAGGGUAAGUGAAACUCUCGUGAAUGAAAGUUACGAAUGGAUACCAUUGAGCAUAGAAUUUGGCAUCCCUUUGUUCAGUCCAAAGUUAUGUGAAAAAAUCUGCGAAAGGGUUGCUGAGUCACAAAUGCUUCAAAAAGAUGAUAUCACUGAACACUAUGAGACAAUGCAGAAUGUGAGAAAGAGUUUAAAAGAACUUUGCACCGAGUAUCAAGCUACUGGUCCAACAGCAAGGUUAUUCAAUCAACGGGGAGGAUCAAAGAACAAUUCUCCACGCAAACUAGUGAAUAUUGUUAGUGGAAGAUGGAGUCCAUUCCAUGACCCGUCAUCACCGACUCAUUCCGGCUCCCCAUCUGAAAAAGAUAGAACAAAACCCGCAAGACGACAGAGAUGCUUCACUGAAGUUCUAAGCUUUGAUGGUAGCAUCCUCAGGUCAUAUGCACUCACUCCAGUAUACGAGGCUGCCACCAGACCCGUCUCUGAAGAGCAACCAUCAACACCUGCUGCGAGAUCGGAUCAUGAUGAUGCGAACACAAAGGAUGUGGCCUUACCAGGAGUCAAUCUGAUAUUUGAUGGAGCUGAGUUGCACCCUUUCGACAUUGUUGCCUGCCUCCAAGCUCGCCAACCACUCUCGCUGAUAGCUGAGGCGUCGGCCACAUCAUCGUUAGCCAUGAAAUGACGA